AUGCUCCUCUCACUGCUCCCCCUCUUCGCAGGGGUCUCUCUCGCUGCCACAUACCAGGCAUACAACUUCUCCGUCCCCAUCGACCAUUUUCAUAACGAAACUCGCUAUGCGCCGCACUCCAACGGCACGUUCAAUUUACGCUACUGGUUCGACAGCACCUACUACCAACCGGGCGGCCCCGUCUUCGUUAUCGCCGCCGGCGAGACAGAUGGUGAGGACCGGUUCGAGUUUCUCUCCCAAGGAAUCGUCACUCAGCUGGCCGAGGCGUACAAUGGGCUCGGUGUGAUCCUCGAGCACCGGUACUACGGAGAGAGCUACCCGUUUCCUGGGGCGGACGUGACGGUGGAUGAGCUGCGCUUCUUGUCGACAGAGCAAAGUCUUGCCGACUACGCCUACUUUGCAAAGCAUGUCAUUUUCCCUGGGCUGGAGGCGUACGAUCUGACGGCGCCGAACACGCCGUGGAUCGCAUAUGGGGGAUCGUACGCCGGCGCACAGGUGGCGUUCAUGCGCAAGUUGUACCCGUCCAUCUUCCACGGCGCAGUGUCGUCGUCUGGCGUCACGGCCGCCAUUAUCGACUACUGGAAAUAUUUCGAGCCAAUCCGGAACUACGGGCCUCGAGACUGUAUCGAGUCGAUCCAGACCCUCACCGAUCUUAUCGAUCGGAUCCUGAUAGACCAUCCCGGCAACAGGACACUACAUGCGCAGCUGCAGUCGGCAUUUGGCGUGAACCCGGCUAUCGACAACAGGGAUUUCGUGAACAUGCUCUCGACACCGCUGGGCAGUUUCCAGUCUAGGAACUGGGAUCCUAGCGUCGGAAGCUAUGAGUUCAGACACUACUGUGACAAUAUCACCAGCACUGAGCCUCUGUACCCCGCAAACAAUGCCACUGCUCUUUUACCGGGCUUAGUAAAGGCGGCCGGGUACAAUGCGUCGAAUACGACGCUGCUCUCUUCUUUCCGCAAUUCUAUCGGGUAUAUCAGUUCUUCUUCGUCGUCCGCUGAGUCCGAGUCUGCCGAAGACGACAAUGACAACGGGACAUCCCUUCCCAAAUCAUCAGGGACAAGCUGGAAUUACCAGGUCUGCACAGAAUGGGGCUACUUCAUGCCCGGAUCCAGCGUUCCCCCCAACAUAAAACCCUUGAUCUCGCGUCUUAUCGACCUGAACUACACCUCAUCUUUCUGCGCAUCCUCUUACAAGAUACCCUUCCCGCCUAACGUGACGCUUAUCAAUCAGCACGGUGGGUUUAAUUUCAGUUACCCUCGCGUGGCGAUUAUUGGGGGCACGGCGGACCCGUGGCGUGAUGCGACGCCUCAUGCGGAGGGACUGCCAGGACGCGAAUCGACUGAUGAAGAGCCCUUUAUCCUUAUUGAUAUAGAGCCUGAACAUGUCUGGGACGGGAUUCGAGGGGCGGUGCAUCAUUGGGAUCAAAACGGGUUGCCUGAGGGAGCAAACGAGAGCGAGGGAGUGGAAGUGCCGGAGGAGAUCGUGGCGGUGCAGAAAGAGAUUGUGAGGUUUGUUGGGGGUUGGUUGGAUAGCUUUGAGGCUGGCGAGGAUCUAUAA